AUGCACACGAUGCUUUUUCUUAUUUUAUUACUUUUAUCUGUAAGCUCUUUGUUUACUAAAGAGCAUCACGUUGUCUUUACAAUGGCAGUAGGACCCAAAAGCCAUAAUUAUCUCCACGAGACUAUGGAUUACUUUUUGCAUGCGUAUAACUUCAAUCACCUUGGGAUCAAGAUUGAUUUGUUUUUUACUAAAGGAUGUGAGAAUUGUCAGUUUCCAGAGUUUGACAAAGAACUCAACAGACUCUCCAAUUACGAUUUCAAGGUGUACAAUGUUUCUUUUAAAAUGAUUCCAGUCAACAAAUUAGAAGACAAAGGAAUGGUCAAAUUUCAAGAGAAGUUUGAGAGUUGGGUUGUUGAUUUUAGGAAGGACACGGUGAACGAACGAGAGGAGUCUUGUUAUUGGUGGUACAUCAAAGACUCCAAAAUUAAUCAUUAUGCAUUUAGUCUAGCAAGGUAUGCCAAACAAUAUACAGACGCAGACUACAUCCUCUUUUUGGAAGACGACAUUCUGAUCAAAAAGGACUUCUUUGUCACUCUUAAGAACGUUUUGGAUCAAUACAAAGAUGGCAAACAAGUGGCUACACGGACUAUGAUAUGUCAAGACAAGUAUAAUGAUAUCAAAGUCCAUAACAAACAACUCGGAUUUUGUGUUGCGGGGUUCUUCGGCAUUUUGCUUGGAAAACGAGAGUUUAAGAAGAUCAACAAAUUCUGGAAAUACAUGAAUUGGGGUGUUUGUGUUGACGCUUAUAACUGUUAUAUGGACGACUUCUUGAAUAUGUCCACACCAAUGUUCCAAACGGCUAAGCAUGUCGGGUGGGAAAGAUUCACUACGGUAAAAGACCCGAAGUUUUGGAUGUAA